CCAUCCAAUCUUGCAGUUAUUAUUCUUCGUUUCAGUUAUGAACACUGUAAUAUGCAUGAAUCUGUUUUUGUUAUUUUCCAUCAAAUUAUAUAAAUGAAAAUAUUUGUAUUGGGCAAUUCUUUACAGUAGACUCAUUCACCAGAGAUCAAGUCCCCAAUUUUGCAUCACAGAAUUUAUUCAACAACAAUCUAAUUUGUCAUGACUGGGUGAGGAGGGUUGAUGGGGGGCCCAACACUCCCCCAGUAAACAUUAUCUUCACCUCAGUAUGUACAGCAAGAUAGAGCUGAAACUCGGGAGCACUAUGAUACAAGUUGGAAGGCACAGACAAACAAGAUGAAGUCUCUGUCUUUUAAUUGGACACAGGUUGCCUCACUUAGUACAUCAUCAAUCACCUGUAAAGUCAUACCCAAGAACCUAAAAGGGCGGAACAGGAGCUCCCAAGAUUGGCUCCAGAGACAGCUCAAUGAUCCCUAUGUAAAACUGGCAAAAUAUGAACAUUAUAGAGCUCGAAGUGCCUACAAACUGCUAGAAAUGGAUAACCAGCAUAAAAUCCUAAAACCAGGACAAGUAAUUAUUGAAUGUGGAGCUGCUCCAGGGGCAUGGACACAGGUUGCUGUCAGCAGAGUCAACAGUUUGCCAAAGGAUAAAAACAAACCUCAGGGCCUUGUGAUAGGGGUUGACCUGACCUCUGUCCAUUCCCUGCCCGGUGCCACUUUCCUUGGAGGGAGGGACUUCACUUGCCCCAAAACACAACAGCAGCUUUUAGACUUGCUUCAAGGGAAGAAGGUGAAUGUUGUUUUAUCUGAUAUGGCUCCCAAUGCAUCUGGCACAAAAGCGCUUGAUCACGAAAAUAUUAUCAACCUUGCCUAUUCUGCCUUGAGAUUUGCUGUCCAGCAUUCUGCCAUUGGAGGAUCUUUUUUAUGCAAGAUUUGGGAAGGCUAUAUGACCCAAAAGAUCUCAGAUGACAUGAGGAAGUUUUACAAGAAUGUGAAGCCCGUCAAGCCACCUUCAAGUAGGAGUGAUUCAGCUGAGAAGUUUUUACUAUGUAGGAACUUCCUCGGUGUUAAGUGAAUAAUAGAAUUAUUCAUUUCAUGCGUAUUAUAGAAUGUGAUUUUGUAAAUAAAUAAAUGAUUUUUAUGCA